GGUUUAUGUAUCUGGCACUAUCUCGACUAUCUUGGAUUGUCUUGGCUGCCAAAAUGCCUGACAACCGGACAUGGGUGGAACCACCGCCGCGACUUCUAAAGAAGGGCAUCUACAAGCUCGAUUAUCAAGGCUAACGAUGGUCGCCAUGACCUUUGCUAUUCUCAACACUUGGAUUUGCCUCGCCGGGAGUAUGGGCCUUGUGAUUCCCUCGGGUGGCUCUGUUGCCUUCCUCUAUGGCUUCAUAUUCUGUGUCCUGUGCAAUUUUGCCGUUGUCUCUAGCCUAGGAGAGCUCGCAGCUAUCUGGCCAACAGCUGGCGGCCAGUACCACUUCGUCUACGCCCUGUGCACCGACAGAUGGAAGAACAUGAUGAGCUUCCUCGUUGGUUGGAUAAACAUUGCAGGCUGGUUAACUUUGGUCACAACUGAAGGUUUCUUCGCAGCUCAAUUCGUCUCUGCCGCAAGCGUGAUUGCAUCGAACGGACGAUACGAGGCCGAAGCAUGGAAGACAUAUCUCUUCUUUGUGGUAAUUCUAACUUUCGCCACUGUCUCGAACAUCUGGGGCAACAGAAUUUUAGGACGAUGGAAUGAUGCGGCACUGUACUGGUCAAUCUUCAGCGUCAUCAUCAUCAGCAUUGUUCUACUUUCAAUGUCACCGAAAACAAACGCAGCCUACGUCUUUACAAACUUUCAUAACGAAACCGGAUGGUCUAGUGGAAUGGCUUGGAUGCUUGGUCUUCUCCAGUCUGCCCUUUCUCUGAUCGGAUUCGACGCCGUGCUACACAUGACUGAAGAGAUGCCACACCCUGCUAGGGAUGCACCCCGAGCAAUGAUUUAUGCCAUUGCUAUCGGAGGAAUCACUGGAACGGUUUUCAUCAUCGUCAUUCUCUUUUGCCUUGCAAACCCAUCGACUGUCAUGUCAACCUCAACCGGUAUGCCCAUCUCCGAAUUGAUUUUCCAAGCAACAAGAAGCCGCGCCGGUGCUACAGUCAUAACGUUGAUGCUUGCCAUUUGCUUCAUCAACGGCACCAAUGGCUGCACAACAAGCGCGAGCCGGUUAAUCUUCUCUAUGGCUCGGGACAAAGGUUUCAUCCUAUUGUUCGGAUUGCUGUACCUAGGACCGACGGUUGCGUUCAACGCAUAUAUUGCGUCAUGUACCAUCUUCCUUAACCUGUCCUACGCCUUCCCUAUUUUCCUCUUGAUUAUACGAGGAAGAAAGGUUCUAGCCAGGUUCCAAACCGCGGAGACCCCGUUCAAGCUUGGAGAUAGAUGGGGCAUUAUUGUAAACUUGAUUGCCGCCACAUACGUUGCAAUCACGACAGUGUUCUUUUGUUUUCCUCCGGGCCUGCCCGUGUCGGCGAACUUUAUGAACUACGUACCAGCAGUCAUUGGUAUCUUUGCUGUCCUCGUAGUAGCAUGUUGGUGGAUAUAUCGUAACACGUUCGAAGGACCGGUGAGCCUAUUCUAUCUACCCUUCGCGGGCUUUUGCCACAUGAAGAGCAAAUUCUAA